UGGCGGAUGACUCUCGGGUUUGAAAUUUCCAGCCGUUCGUUCAAACUUUGGGAGCAGCAGCUUGACACCGACCAACUACUGUUUGCAAGCCAAUCAACCAUUCUAUUGGACUUUUGAUCUUUGGACAGCAUACGAUUGGAAAGCAUCUAAACAUCCCAAACUGAUCUUGGAAGGACUUCAAAUCAAGUGACACCGUUUUUGAAAGACUUGCACCCCACCUCGCCUCCUCCAUCAUGUGCCCUCACGUCCCCGACCAAUCCAAUCCCAACGGGGAAGAGAUGGUACCCAUCAACACCUCUUCUCAACCUCAUAUCCCACCACCCGUACCUGCCGGAACGAAUGGUACUCAACCGAAUGGACAUCAAUCCAAUGGCGUCGAUACGAAUCAUCACAGCGCCCCACCCAAGGUCAAGAGCCACAAAGAUAUGUACGGGAGAGCGAGUGAUUUCUUGAGUAACACGAGCAAUUGGAAGAUCAUCGAGUCUACCCUUAGAGAGGGAGAACAGUUCGCAAAUGCCUUUUUCACGCUUGAGACCAAGAUCAAGAUUGCUCAGAUGCUCGACGAAUUCGGAGUCGAGUACAUUGAACUCACCUCACCUGCCGCUUCGCCCGAAUCAAGAGCCCACUGCGAGGCCAUUUGCAAGCUCGGACUCAAGAGGACCAAGAUUCUGACCCAUAUCAGAUGUCACAUGGAUGAUGCUAGGUUGGCCGUUGAGACGGGUGUCGAUGGUGUGGAUGUCGUCAUUGGGACUUCGUCCUUCUUGAGAGAUCAUUCUCACGGCAAGGACAUGACUUGGAUCACCAAGACUGCCAUCGAAGUCAUCGAAUUCGUCAAGUCGAAGGGCAUCGAGAUUCGAUUCUCAUCUGAAGACUCGUUCCGAUCUGAAUUGGUCGACCUGCUAUCUAUCUACCGCACAGUCGACAAGAUUGGAGUCAAUCGAGUCGGAGUUGCGGAUACCGUCGGAUGCGCAGAUUCAAGACAGGUCUACGACCUUGUCAGAACAUUGAGAGGAGUUGUCAGUUGUGAUAUUGAGACUCAUUUCCACAAUGACACGGGAUGCGCCAUUGCGAACGCUUAUGCUGCGCUAGAAGCUGGAGCAACUCACGUCGAUACAUCGGUCCUCGGUAUCGGAGAGCGUAAUGGAAUCACACCGCUCGGAGGACUGAUCGCUCGAAUGAUGGUCGCCGAUCCUGAAUACGUCAAGAGCAAGUACAACUUGCCAAUGCUGAGAGAAAUUGAAAACUUGGUUGCCGAGGCUGUCGAGAUCUCCGUGCCAUUCAACAAUUACAUCACUGGAUUCUGCGCUUUCACUCACAAGGCCGGUAUUCAUGCCAAGGCAAUUCUUGCCAACCCUUCGACAUAUGAGAUCUUGAACCCGGCUGAUUUCGGUAUGACCCGAUACGUUUCCAUUGGACAUCGAUUGACAGGAUGGAAUGCCGUCAAGAGCCGUGUGGAGCAACUAAAUCUCAACAUGACAGACGAGCAGAUCAAGGACGCCACUGCCAAGAUCAAGGAGCUUGCCGACGUUCGAACCCAGUCUAUGGAAGAUGUCGAUAUGAUUCUACGUAUCUACCACACUGGUAUACACUCUGGAGAUCUCAAGGUCGGACAAUCCGCUGUGCUUGACAAGUUGUUGCAGAAGCACAUGCCAUCCCGAGAAGGCUCGCCAACGAGAGAUUCGCCAAACAAGAAGGUCAAGGUCGAUGUUUAGGGUAGAGACGGUCGCGGGCUCAAUAAAAACGGAGAUCAGACAGAGGCAGUCCCCCAUCCUCGUCUAUUAGAGUGAUGGAAGUUUGUGCGACUUGAAGAGAUCAUAGAAGUGUUUAUAUCCAAUGUAUCACAAUGCACGGAGGUUU